AUGGCUACUAAAACAGCUUCUCCAAAGACCCGAAAACCUAAAGUUAAUAACUUUGUAUUGGUCUUAGAGCAGUUUCUAGAAAAGCAUAAUCUAAUGGCUGAUUCUACCUCAGAACAAUUAAACAAACAUGCUUCCAAACUUGAUGUAUUACUUUCUGAUUGGAUGGCUCGCAGGUGUGUUAAAGUCACUCUUGCCAGAGGUACUGAUAACAGACACUCAUUUAGUGAAGAGCGGAUAGAGGCUCUCUUACCAGAUAAGAGAAAAGAAAAAUACACCAUAGAGGAAAGGGCAAAAUAUUGUACUAAAAUCAGCGAUGCUAUAGACAUUUUCGCCUAUCAUUUAGAUUUAGGCCUAAAAAAUAAUAAUGAAAAUAAAAUAGUCACCAGUGGUUCAUGCCAGUCGCAAUUUCGUGUAAAAUUAGCAGAAGGCGAGGAUUCAGAAUAUGGAUGUUCUAAAAUUCCAUCUAAAGAAGAUCUCACGGAUGUAAUUGUGAUAUUGAGUAUGAGACUUGCAGAACAUGAUACAAAGAUGGCUAUUCUUGGUAUUGCACAAAAGAGCCCAGAAUGUGCCAGAGAAUUACUCAUCUGGAUCCAAAAUGCAAUCAAGACAAAAAAGUUGCGUGAUCCUGUCUUUACAGAAAAUGAAAUACGUAAUGUCUGGCCAUUUAACGAAUUCUUAAAACAAGAAUCUUAUAGAACUACACCUAAAAAAUUAAGAGAUUAUGGAAGUAAACACGCUUCCAGAAUCCAUAGUGGUAAGAAACCAACACCUCAACAUCUUAAACUGCUUUCGAGAAUCGCAAUGAGGCAAGAAUCAGACCACCUUGAUGCAGGUGAUAAUUAUGCUAUAGGCAAUACCGAAUCAGAAGAGUCUAACUCCGAACCAGAGACAAGCGACAGUUCAAAACCUCAAAUACAGGCUUUUUCAUCAUUUUAA